AAGACCUACCUGUGUAUUGCGGCCUCAGACAGCAGCAGCCAGAACCUAAUUCAACAUUUUAGAAAAUGCAUCCAAUUCAUUCACGAGUGUCGCCUGCAUGGAGGAGGAUGCCUGGUACACUGUACCGAUCGUGGCUGCGGCAGGAAUACGGGCGAAAUCCUUUUAAGGAUCAGGACAGAGUGGAGAAGUUAUUGUCAGAGCGAGCGCAAGAAGCUGGGUCUCAGAGAGACACAGAACCGGUGGAUUAACCAGUCCGAUACCGGAUACAUCUUACCUUACAAAGCUUACGGAGGGAGCACCAGGUGGACCAACUGACCUCUGUGACAACGCCAUCAACAUUAUUGAGGAAAGUCUGGGAGAUGAUAAAACCAUCCGGUGA